CAGACGUAUCACCUGCAGCCGCGGUGACAGACGGAAUCCCCGUGAGACGCACAUGGCUUUUUAAAUCUUCCACAUAGAAGAACACCAUCCUUCACCUCUUGUGGUCGUCUUCCCUCUCUCCUGGCUUUUCCUAUAGCCCUGAAUGAUUGAAGCCAUGCCCGUAGUGUCUGCAACCACAGGGCUGCACGAGACGCUGGCGGUUCUCACCUCUCAGCUCCACCCUGAUGCCAAACACAAAGAAGACCUGUCCUUCCUCAAAGACAUUUUAAGUGAAAAGAGCCUUGCUUAUCUUAUGAAGAUUCAUGAAAAAUUAAAGCAGUAUGAAAAACUUGGUCCAGAACCGGUCUUGGACAGUGCCUCCUGUUUGGUAGAAGAUCUGACUGAAGACCUCCAGAAUGGCCCUCUUGACGAUGAUGAAAGGGAGCUCCUCGUCCUGCUCAGUGCUCCACACCUCAAGGCUGUGCUGUCAGCUCAUGACACAGUGGCCCAGAAAAACUUUGACCCAGUGCUGCCCCCUCUCCCUGAAGAGCUGAACGACGACUUUGAGGAGGAGUCUGUUAAAAUUGUUCGUUUGGUCAAAAACAAGGAGCCUCUUGGUGCCACUAUUCGCAGAGAUGAGGCCACUGGAGCUGUAAUAGUGGCUCGAAUCAUGAGAGGGGGAGCAGCUGAUCGCAGUGGUCUGGUGCAUGUAGGAGAUGAACUUCGAGAAGUAAAUGGGAAGGUCAUUACCCACAGACGACCAGAUGAAAUUAGCCAAAUACUGUCACAGUCCCAAGGAACUAUCACACUGAAGAUUGUACCAGCGGUAGCAGAAGAGGAUCGACUUAAGGAGAGCAGGGUUUACCUUCGAGCUUUGUUUGACUACACUCCAUUUGAGGACAAAGCCACCCCAUGCCAAGAGGCAGGGCUCCCUUUUAAGAGAGGGGACAUUCUGCAGGUGGUGAGCCAGGAGGACACCACCUGGUGGCAAGCCAAGAAAGUUGGUGACAGUAAUCUACGUGCUGCACUUAUUCCUUCAACUCAGUUUCAGGAAAGGCGUUUGAGAUACAGGAUGAAAAUGGGCUCUUUUCCUCAUCCCAAUUCGAUCAAAGUCCCCACAUACGAUCAGGCUGAUAGAGAGGACUGUGACUGUGAAGCUGUUCUGAACGGGAAGGACUUAGCCAGUCUGAGGAGGAGUCUGCGCUUAAAGAAGGAUCGUCAGGCUUCAUCAGGAGAUGGCCAUACUCCAGAAGCCAACCACACAGACUUCCUGAUUUAUGAGGAGGUUACACAGUACCUGCCCCGUCCGGACGAGAACCCGCGACUCAUAGUGCUCAUCGGUUCACUGGGAGCACGGACCACUGAGCUCAAACAGAAGGUCAUAGCUGAAAAUCCCAGGCGCUACGGCCUAGCUGUGCCACACACCACUCGAUGCAGGAGGAGUCAGGAGAGAGAAGGAGUGGAGUACCACUUCAUCAGUAGGCCAGCAUUCGAGGACGACAUCCAGAAUGGCAAAUUUAUUGAAUAUGGGGAGUAUAAGGACAAUCUGUAUGGAACCAGUUUAGAGUCCAUCCACAGAGUACUGGCCCACAACAAAGUCUGUCUGGUGGAUGUACAACCUGAGGCAUUAAAAACCCUGCGAAUGGCAGAGUUCAAGCCGUAUGUCAUAUUUGUAAGACCUCGCAUCCUUGACAGUCAAAGGAAACUUCUCGGCUCCACUUCCUCUCUUUCUGCCGGAAUAACGGAGGAGGACCUGAUGGAUAUGAAGCAGUCAGCUGACCUCAUUGAUGAAUGCUAUGGUCACUGGGUGGACUAUGUUCUGUUUAAGGAGGAUGCUGUCAGUGCCUUAAUCGAGCUGCAGGUGGUGAUGGAGCGGGUUCAGAGGGAGCCUCAGUGGGUGCCUGCCUCCUGGCUCAGGAGCUAG